CUACGUCCCCUGGAACUACCAUGAGCCGCUGCCGGGGGUUUAUGACUUUGAUGGGGACCGGGACGUGGAAGCCUUCCUGGACCUGACAGCCGAGCUGGGGCUUCUGGUGAUCCUGCGGCCAGGGCCAUACAUCUGUGCAGAGUGGGAGAUGGGUGGCCUGCCUGCCUGGCUGCUGUGGAAACCAGACAUCGUCCUGCGCUCAUCCGACCCCGCCUACCUGGCAGCUGUGGACUCCUGGCUCCAUGUCCUGCUACCCAAGAUCAAGCCACGCCUGUACCAGCACGGAGGGAACAUCAUCAGCGUGCAGGUGGAGAACGAAUACGGGAGCUACUACGCCUGCGACUACGAGUACCUGCGGCACCUGCUGGGCUCCUUCCGGGCGCUGCUGGGGGGCGAGGUGCUGCUCUUCACCACCGACGGCACACGGGCAGAGGAGCUGCGCUGCGGCACACUGCAGGGGCUCUACGCCACUGUGGACUUUGGGCCAGGCUCCAACGUAACGGAGGCGUUUGGUGCCCAGCGCCAGGUCGAGCCGAAGGGGCCCCUGGUGAACUCUGAGUACUACACGGGCUGGCUGGACUACUGG